CUCCGCUGGUCAGCGAUCGGGCGGCUGCGGGCGGCGCCGAGCGAGCGAGCGAGCAAGGGAGCGGCGCGGGCCGGGCCAUGGGGCAGCAGGCAGCGAGCGCGCUGUUACUGGCGCUGCUGCUGCACGAGCGGCUGCUCGCGGUGACCCAAGGGCUGAGGGCAUACGAUGGCUUAUCUCUGCCUGAGGACACAGAGCCCGUGGCAGCAGGCCGGAUUGGCUGGAGCUAUUCUUACCUCUCUGAUGACGAAGACUUGCUGGCUGAUGAUGCCUCUGGAGAUGGCCUGGGCAGCGGGGACCUGGGCAGUGGGGACUUCCAAAUGGGCUCAGGGCCUCCCUGGGGCCACCCUGGCAUGGCUGGCAUGGUGGUCUUGGAGCCUGAUGAAGAGUCUCCUCUCAUCUACUUCCGUGCCCUGGUAAAUUUCACACGCUCCAUUGAGUACAGCCCUCGGCUGGAGGACGCAGGAUCCAGGGAGUUCCGAGAGGUGUCCGAGGCUGUGGUAGACACGCUGGAGUCGGAGUACUUGAAAAUUCCCGGGGACCAGGUUGUCAGUGUGGUGUUCAUCAAGGAGCUGGACGGCUGGGUCUUCGUGGAGCUGGAUGUGGGCUCGGAAGGGAAUGCAGAUGGGGCUCAGAUCCAAGGUGUGCUGCACAAGGUCAUCUCCAGCGGCUCCAUUGCCUCCUAUGUCACCUCUCCUCAGGGAUUCCAGUUUCGACGCCUGGGCACAGCACAGACCCCCCCACCCCCCAUGGCCGCUGUGGCGGUUGCGUUGACACCAGUGGCCCAGGUCCCAAGGGUCUGCACGGAGGAUGAGUUUGCCUGCCAUAGCUACAACGAGUGUAUAGCCCUGGAGUAUCGCUGUGACCGGCGCCCUGACUGCAGGGACAUGUCUGAUGAGCUCAACUGUGAAGAGCCAGUCCCAGAGUACAGACCCACACCACCUGUCCUCCUGGAGACACCACCUUUACCACCUUGGACAGAAGUGACCACCACACAACGGCCACCAGACUCCCCCUCUCCCCAGCCUCUGCGCCCUGAUCUAGGCAGCCCCCUGCCCUGUGGGCCUCAGGAGGCGGCCUGCCACAGCGGGCACUGCAUCCCCAAAGACUACCUCUGUGACGGGCAGGAGGACUGUAAGGAUGGCAGUGAUGAGCUGGACUGUGGCCCCACCCCACCCUGUGAGCCCAACGAGUUCCCCUGUGGAAACGGGCACUGUGCCCUCAAGCUGUGGCGCUGUGAUGGAGACUUUGACUGUGAGGACCGCACCGAUGAGGCUGACUGCCCUGCCAAGCGCCCUCAGGAAGUGUGCGGGCCCACACAGUUCCGAUGUGUCUCCACAAACACGUGCAUCCCGGCCAGCUUCCACUGUGACCAGGAGAGCGACUGUCCCGACCGCAGUGAUGAGUUCGGCUGCAUGCCCCCUCAGGUGGUGACACCUCCCCAGGAGUUGAUCCAAGCUUCCCGGGGCCAGACAGUGAACUUCACCUGUGUGGCCAUUGGUGUCCCUACCCCCAUCAUCACCUGGAGGCUCAACUGGGGCCACAUCCUCUCCCAUCCAAGAGUGACAGUGACCAGUGAGGGUGGCCGUGGCACACUGACCAUCCAUGAUGUGAAAGAGUCGGACCAAGGUGCCUACACCUGUGAGGCCAUGAAUGCCCGAGGCAUGGUGUUCGGCAUUCCUGAUGGUGUCCUGGAGCUUAUCCCACAGCGAGGUCCCUGCCCUGAUGGACACUUCUACUUGGAGCACAGUGCCUCCUGCCUGCCUUGCUUCUGCUUUGGUGUCACCAACGUGUGCCAGAGCAGCCACCGCUUCUGGGACCAGAUCCAUUUGCGUUUUGACCGGCCAGAUGACUUCAAGGGUGUGAAUGUGACGAUGCCUGCGCAGCCUGGCAUGCCACCCCUGUCCUCCACCCAGCUGCAGAUCGACUCUACGCUACAGGAGUUCCAGCUGGUCGACCUGUCCCGCCGCUUCCUUGUCCAUGACUCUUUCUGGGCUCUGCCUGAGCAGUUCCUAGGCAAUAAGGUGGACUCCUAUGGCGGCUUCCUGCGCUACAAGGUACGCUAUGAGCUCGCACGUGGAAUGCUGGAGCCAGUACAGAGGGCGGACGUGGUCCUCGUUGGUGCUAGAUAUCGCCUACACUCCCGAGGCCACGUGCCCACCCAGCCCGGCACUCUGAACCAGCGCCAAGUCCAGUUCUCUGAGGAGCACUGGGUCCAUGAGUCUGGCCGGCCGGUACAGCGAGCAGAGCUGCUGCAGGUGCUGCAGAGCCUGGAGGCCGUGCUCAUCCAGACCGUAUACAACACCAAGAUGGCCAGUGUAGGGCUGAGCGAUAUCACCAUGGAUACCACCGUCACCCACGCAACCAGCCGCGGCCGUGCCCACAGCGUGGAAGAGUGCAGAUGCCCCAUUGGUUAUUCUGGCUUGUCUUGCGAGAGCUGUGAUGCCCACUUCACCCGGGUGCCUGGUGGGCCUUACCUAGGCACCUGCUCUGGCUGCAAUUGCAAUGGCCACGCCAGCUCCUGUGACCCUGUGUAUGGCCACUGUCUGAAUUGCCAGCACAACACAGAAGGACCACAGUGCAACAAGUGCAAGGCCGGCUUCUUUGGGGAUGCCACAAAGGCCACAGCCACUGCCUGCCGGCCCUGCCCUUGCCCAUACAUUGAUGCCUCCCGAAGAUUUUCGAACACUUGCUUCCUGGACACAGAUGGCCAAGCUACAUGUGAUGCAUGUGACCCAGGCUACACAGGUCGCCGCUGUGAGAGCUGUGCCACCGGAUAUGAGGGCAACCCGAUCCAGCCGGGCGGGAAGUGCAGGCCCACCAACCAGGAGAUUGUGCGCUGUGACGAGCGAGGCAGCGUGGGGACCUCUGGGGAGGCGUGUCGCUGCAAGCUCCCAGCUCUGUGCCUGCAGAACAACGUGGUGGGGCGCUUGUGCAAUGAAUGUGCUGAUGGCUCUUUCCACCUGAGUAACCGAAACCCCGACGGCUGCCUCAAGUGCUUCUGCAUGGGUGUCAGUCGCCAGUGUACCAGUUCCUCGUGGAGCCGUGCCCAGGUGCUCGGGGCCUCUGAAGAGCCUGCUCACUUCAGCCUGACCAAUGCUGCAGGCACCCACACCACCACUGAGGGCAUCUCCUCCCCUGCAUCUGGGGAAUUGGUUUUCUCCUCCUUCCACCGCCUCCUACCUGGACCCUACUUCUGGAGCCUUCCUCCACGCUUCCAGGGGGACAAGGUCACCUCCUAUGGAGGGGAGCUUCGCUUCACAGUGACCCAGCGGCCACAGCCUGGCUCCACACCCCUGCACGGGCAGCCGCUGGUGGUGCUGCAGGGCAACGGCAUUGUCUUAGAGCAUCACACCUCCCAGGAGCCCAUCCCCGGCCAUCCCAGCACCUUCACCGUGCCCUUCUGGGAGAGAGCAUGGCAGCGUCCUGACGGGCAGCCAGCCACGCGGGAGCACCUGCUGAUGGCACUAGCAGACAUCAACACCCUCCUGAUCCAAGCAUCCUACACCCAGCGCCCAGCUGAGAGCAGGGUCUCUGGCAUCAGCAUGGAUGUAGCUGUGCCUGAGGACACCGGCCAGGAUCCUGCACUGGAAGUGGAGCAAUGUACCUGUCCUCCUGGGUACCGUGGCCCAUCCUGCCAGGACUGUGACACAGGCUACACACGCAUGCCCAGUGGCCUCUACCUGGGCACCUGUGAACGCUGCAGCUGCCAUGGCCACUCGGAGGUGUGCGAACCUGAGACAGGUGUCUGCCAGGGCUGCCAGCACCACACUGAGGGCCCUCGGUGUGAGCAGUGCCAGCCAGGAUACUACGGGGAUGCCCAGCGGGGGACGCCACAGGACUGCCAGCCGUGCCCGUGCUAUGGAGCCCCCGCGUCUGGCCAGGCUGCCCACACCUGCUUUCUGGACACAGACAGCCACCCCACCUGUGACGCAUGCUCCCCAGGCCACAGCGGGCGUCACUGUGAGAGGUGUGCCCCAGGUUACUAUGGCAAUCCCAGCCAGGGCCAGCCAUGCCGAAGAGAUGGACAGAUGCCAGAGCCCAUAGGCUGUGGCUGUGACCCCGAGGGCAGCGUCAGCACCCAGUGUGAUGCUGCUGGUCAGUGCCACUGCAAGGCCCAAGUGGAAGGUCUCACCUGCAACCACUGCCGGCCCCACCACUUCCACCUGAGCGCCAGCAACCCUGAUGGCUGCCUGCCUUGCUUCUGCAUGGGCAUCACCCAGCAGUGCGCCAGCUCCUCCUACACCCGCCACCUGAUCUCCACCCACUUUGCCCCUGGAGACUUCCAAGGCUUUGCCCUGGUGAACCCGCAGCGGAAUAGCCGCCUGACAGGAGGCUUCACCAUGGAACCCAUGCCUGAGGGUGCCCAGCUGUCUUUUGGCAACUUCGCCAACCUUGGCCACGAGUCCUUCUACUGGCAGCUGCCCGAGACAUACCAGGGAGACAAGAGGGAGGCAUACUUUGCACGGCUGCGCUGGGCUCACCAGAACCGCACAUCCCUCUCAGAGGAGCAGUUGCGGGCAGCUGUGACAGCUGGGAGGAUCCUGGGAUCCCCAGAGGGCAAGGGCCAGGCACAGCGGGUAUCACAGGUGGACGAGGCCCAGAGGCGGAUUGAUGCUGAGAUCUGGCAGCUCCUUUCCAGCUUUGCUGCCCAACCACAGCCCCCUCCUCGGGGACUCUCCCCCUAUCCUCAGCCUGCAGCUGCUCUGCGAGCAGCUCCCUCCUCCUCCCACUUCUCCUCCUCCUCUUCCUCCUCUUCCUCCUUGUCUUUCCCAGCAGGCUCUCAGUUCUCUCUCUCCUACGAAGGCUUCUCUCUGCUUCCUGGAAGCCUCUAUUAUUGGCAGCUGCCCCAGACCUUCCUGGGGGACAAGGUGGCAGCCUAUGGCGGGAAGCUGCGAUACACUCUUUCCUACAGGGCAGGGCCUCAGGGCAGCCCACUCUCUGACCCCGACGUCCAGAUCACAGGCAACAACAUCAUGUUGGUGGCUUCUCAGCCAGCAGUGCAGGGUCCCCAGAGGAAGAGCUACGAGAUCAUCUUCCGAGAGGAAUUCUGGCGCCGGCCUGACGGGCAGCCAGCCACACGUGAGCACCUUCUGAUGGCACUGGCUGACCUGGAUGAGCUCCUGAUACGGGCCACGUUCUCUUCCAUGCCGCUCGCGGCCAGCAUCAGUGCCGUCAGCCUAGAGGUUGCCCAGCCUGGACCCUCAGACGGACCCCGGGCCCUUGAGGUGGAGGAAUGCCGCUGCCCACCGGGCUAUGCUGGCUUGUCCUGCCAGGACUGUGCCCCUGGCUACACGCGCACUGGGAGUGGGCUCUACCUUGGCCACUGUGAGCUGUGCGAAUGCAAUGGCCACUCAGACCUGUGCCAUGCAGAGACUGGUGCCUGCUCGCAAUGCCAGCACAACGCUUCUGGGGAGUUCUGCGAGCUGUGUGCUCCUGGCUACUAUGGAGAUGCUACAGCUGGGACACCUGAGGACUGCCAGCCCUGUGCCUGCCCACUGACCAACCCAGAAAACAUGUUCUCCCGCACCUGUGAGAGCCUGGGAGCUGGUGGGUACCGCUGCACAGCCUGUGAACCCGGCUACACUGGCCAGUACUGUGAGCAGUGUGCCCCAGGUUACGUGGGUAAUCCCAAUGUGCAAGGGGGCCGGUGCGUGCCACAGACAAACCAGGCCCCACUGGUGGUCCAGGUCCAUCCUGCCCGGACCAUAGUGCCCCAAGGUGGCCCCCACUCCCUGCGGUGCCAGGUCAGCGGGAGCCCACCCCACUACUUCUACUGGUCUCGUGAAGAUGGGCGGCCCUUGCCCAGCAGCACCCAGCAGCGACAUCAAGGCUCUGAGCUCCACUUCCCCAGUGUCCAGCCCUCAGAUGCAGGGGUCUACAUCUGCACCUGUCGCAACCUCCACCACGUCAAUACCAGCCGGGCAGAGCUGCUGGUCACUGAGGCUCCAAGCAAGCCCAUCACAGUGACUGUGGAGGAGCAGCGAAGCCAGAGCGUGCGUCCUGGGGCCGACGUCACCUUCAUCUGCACAGCCAAGAGCAAGUCUCCAGCCUAUACCCUGGUGUGGACCCGCCUACACAAUGGGAAACUGCCAGCCCGAGCCAUGGAUUUCAACGGCAUCCUGACCAUCCGCAACGUGCAGCCCAGUGACGCCGGCACCUAUGUGUGCACCGGCUCCAACAUGUUUGCCAUGGACCAGGGCACGGCCACGCUGCACGUGCAGGCCUCGGUCACCUCCUCUGCCCCCAUGGUCUCCAUCCACCCGCCACAGCUCACAGUGCAGCCCGGGCAGCUGGCCGAGUUCCGCUGCAGUGCCACAGGGAACCCCAUGCCUACUCUCGAGUGGACAGGCGGGCCUGGUGGCCAGCUCCCUCAGAAGGCACAAAUCCACGGUGGCAUCUUGCGCCUGCCGGCCGCUGAGCCCUCAGAUCAGGCCCAGUACCUGUGCCGGGCCCAUAGCAGCGCUGGGCAGCACGUGGCCAGAGCUGUGCUCCAUGUGCAUGGAGGCAGCGGGCCCAGGGUCCAGGUGAGCCCAGAGAAGACCGAGGUGCAGGAAGGCAGCACCGUGAAGCUGUACUGCAGGGCUGCAGGUGUGCCGAGUGCCACCAUCACCUGGAGGAAGGAAGGCGGCAGCCUUCCCCCGCAAGCCCGGUCUGAGCACACGAACAUCCCCACGCUGCUCAUCCCAGCCAUCACAACCGCUGAUGCCGGCUUCUACCUCUGUGUGGCCACCAGUCCCGCAGGCACUGCCCAGGCCCGAAUUCAAGUGGUUGUCCACUCAGCCUCGGGUGCCAGCUCACCACCAGUCAGGAUUGAGUCCUCAUCGCCUUCUGUGAUGGAAGGGCAGACACUCGACCUCAACUGUGUGGUGGCAGGGUCAGCCCACGCCCAGGUCACAUGGUAUAGGCGAGGAGGCAGACUGCCUCCCCAUGCCCAGGUCCAUGGCUCCCGGCUGCGGCUCUCCCAGGUUUCACCAGCUGAUUCUGGAGAAUAUGUGUGCCGGGUGGAGAAUGGAUCAGGACACAAGGAGACUUCCAUCACUGUUUCUGUCCUCCAUGGCACCCAUUUGGGCCCCACCCAAACUCCAGCCUCUGGCAGCACCCAGCCCAUCCGCAUCGAGUCCUCCUCCUCACAUGUGGCUGAAGGGCAGACCCUGGAUCUGAACUGUGUGGUGCCUGGGCAGGCCCAUGCCCAGGUUACGUGGCACAGGCGUGGGGGCAGCCUCCCCGCCCAGCACCAGACCCAUGGCUCGCUGCUGAGGCUGUACCAGGUGUCCCCUGCUGACUCAGGCGAGUACGUGUGCCGAGUGGUGGGCAGUUCUGUGCCCCAGGAGUCCUCUGUCCUCGUCACCAUUGAGCCCUCUGGCUCCAUCCCUGCCCCAGGACCCGUCCCACCUGUCAGGAUCGAGUCUACAUCCUCCACAGUGGCCGAGGGGCAGACCCUGGAUCUGAGCUGUGUGGUGGCCGGGCAGGCCCAUGCCCAGGUCACAUGGUACAAGCGCGGGGGCAGCCUCCCCACACGACACCAGGUGCGUGGCUCCCGCCUGUACAUCUUCCAGGCCUCACCCGCCGAUGCGGGCGAGUACAUUUGCCGGGCCAGCAAUGGUGUGGAGGCCUCCAUCAUGGUCACAGUAACCAGGACUCAGGGAGCCAACUUUGCCUAUCCCCCUGGCAGCACCCAGGCCAUCCGCAUUGAGUCCUCCUCCUCACAAGUGGCUGAAGGCCAGACCCUGGAUCUAAACUGCCUGGUACCUGGGCAGCCUGAUGCCCAGGUCACAUGGCACAAGCGUGGAGGCAGCCUCCCUGCUCAGCACCAGACCCACGGCUCCCUGCUGAGACUAAACCAGGUGUCUCCUGCCGACUCUGGCCAGUAUGUGUGCCGAGUGGUGGGUGGCUCUGUGCCCUUGGAGGCCUCUGUCCUGGUCACCAUUGAGCCUGCAGGCUCUGUGCCUGCACUUGGGGUUACCCCCCCAGUCCGGAUCGAGUCAUCUUCCUCACACGUGGCUGAAGGGCAAACCCUGGAUCUGAACUGCCUCGUUGCUGGGCAGCCCCAUGCCCAGAUCACAUGGCACAAGCGUGGGGGCAGCCUGCCUACCCGGCACCAGAUCCAUGGCUCAAGGCUGCGGCUGCUCCAGGUGACCCCAGCCGAUUCUGGGGAGUAUGUGUGCCGUGUGGUCAGCAGCUCGGGCACCCAGGAAGCCUCCGUCCUUGUCACCAUCCAGAAGCACGUUGGCACCUCCCACCCCCAGAGUGUGGUGUACCCCGUCCGUAUCGAGUCCUCCUCAGCUGUCCUGGCCAAUGGACAUACCUUGGACCUCAACUGCCUAGUUGCUAGCCAGGCCCCCCACACCAUCACCUGGUAUAAGCGUGGAGGCAGCUUACCCAGCCGACACCAGAUCGUGGGCUCCCGGCUACGGAUCCCUCAAGUGACUCCCGCAGACUCAGGAGAGUACGUGUGUCACGUCAGUAAUGGUGCCGGUUCCCAGGAGACCUCUCUUGUUGUCACCAUCCAGGGCAGUGGCUCCUCCCAUGGGCCCAGCAUCUUCCGCCCGAUCAGGAUCGAGUCCUCGUCCCCCACAGUGGUGGAAGGACAGACCUUGGAUCUGAACUGUGUGGUGCCCAGACAGCCCCAGGCUGUCAUCACGUGGUACAAGCGUGGGGGCAGUCUUCCCCCCCAACAUCAGGUCCAUGGUUCCCACUUGCGGUUACAUCAGAUGUCUGUAGCUGACUCGGGCGAGUACGUGUGCCGGGCCAACAACAACAUCGAUGCCCUGGAGACCUCCAUCGUGGUCUCCGUGUCCCCCAGCACGAGCACCCCCUCCGUCUCUGGCAGUACCAUGCCCAUCAGAAUUGAGUCAUCGUCAUCACAGGUGGCUGAAGGGCAGACCCUGGAUCUGAACUGUGUGGUGCCCGGGCAGGCCCAUGCCCAGGUCACGUGGCACAAGCGUGGGGGUAGCCUCCCCAGUCACCAUCAGGCCCAUGGGUCACGGCUACGGCUGUACCAGGUGUCCCCGGCCGACUCGGGCGAGUAUGUAUGCCAUGUAGUGGGCAGCUCUGGCCCCCUAGAGGCCUCGGUCCUGGUCACCAUUCAGGCCUCUGGCUCAAGCUCUGUCCACGUGCCUGUCCCUGGUGGAGCCACACCCAUCCGCAUCGAGACCUCCUCCUCUCGAGUGGCCGAAGGGCAGACCCUGGAUCUGAACUGCAUUGUGCCUGGGCAGCCCCAUGCCCAGGUCAUGUGGCACAGGCGCGGGGGCAGCCUCCCCACCCGGCACCAGGUCCACGGCACCCUGCUGAGGCUGAACCAAGUGUCCCCGGCUGACUCUGGCGAGUACUCAUGCCAGGUGACUGGAAGCUCAGGCACUCAGGAGGCAUCUGUCCUAGUCACAAUUGAAGCCUCCAGCCCAGGCCCCGUUCCUGCCCCAGGACUGGCCCAGCCUGUCCGCAUCGAGGCCACCUCCUCACAUGUGGCUGAAGGGCAGACCCUGGAUCUGAACUGCGUGGUGCCCGGGCAGGCCCACGUCCAGGUCACGUGGUACAAGCGUGGAGGCAGCCUGCCGGCUCAGCACCAGACCCAUGGCUCCCAGCUGCGGCUCCACCAUGUCUCCCCGGCUGACUCGGGAGAGUACGUGUGCCGUGUGGCCGGUGGCUCAGGCCCUCAGCAGGAGGCCUCCUUCAUAGUCACCGUUAUACCCAGUGAAGGGUCCUCCUACCGCCUCAGGAGCCCUGUCAUCUCCAUCGACCCGCCCAGCAGCAUCGUGCGGCAGGGCCAGGACGCCAGCUUCAAGUGCCUCAUUCAUGAGGGGGCAGCCCCCAUCACCCUCGAGUGGAAGACCCGGAACCAGGAGCUGGAGGACAAUGUCCACAUCAGCCCCAACGGCUCCAUCAUCACCAUUGUGGGCACCCGGCCCAGCAACCAUGGCACCUACCGCUGCGUGGCCUCCAAUGCCUACGGUGUAGCCCAGAGUGUCGUGAACCUCAGUGUGCAUGGACCCCCUACUGUGUCCGUGCUCCCGGAGGGCCCCGUGCGGGUGAAGGUGGGAAAGGCCGUCACCCUGGAGUGUGUUAGUGCUGGUGAGCCCCGCUCCUCUGCCCGUUGGACCCGCAUUGGCACUCCUGUCAAGCUGGAGCAGCGGAUGUACGGGCAUGUGGACAGCCGCACAGUGCUACAGAUUUCAUCAGCUGAGCCAUCAGAUGCAGGCACCUACGUGUGCCUUGCUCAGAAUGCACUGGGCACAGCGCAGAAGCGGGUGGAAGUGAUCGUGGACACAGGCACUGCGGCCCCAGGGGCUCCCCAGGCCCAGGUGGAAGAAACCGAGCUGACUGUCGAGGCUGGGCACACGGCCACCCUGCGCUGCUCAGCCACAGGCAGCCCCAUGCCCACCAUCCACUGGUCCAAGCUGCGCUCUCCACUGCCCUGGCAGCACAAGCUGGAAGGCGACACACUGAUCAUCCCGAGGGUAGCCCAGCAGGACUCGGGCCAGUACAUCUGCAAUGCCACCAGCCCUGCUGGGCACUCUGAGGCCACUGUCGUCCUGCAUGUGGAGAGCCCACCGUACGCCACCACAGUUCCAGAGCAUGCGUCAGUGCAGGCAGGGGAGACAGUGCAGCUCCAAUGCCUGGCUCACGGGACACCCCCGCUCACCUUCCAGUGGAGCCGUGUGGGUGGCAGCCUUCCUGGGAGGGCGACCGCCAGGAACGAGCUGCUGCGUUUUGCGUCUGUGGCCCCUGAGGACUCAGGCCGCUACCGCUGCCAAGUCACCAACAAGGUGGGCUUGGCAGAGGCCUUUGCCCAGCUGCUGGUCCAAGGCCCCUCCGGCUCUCUCCCUGCCACCCCCAUCCCAGCAGGAUCCACGCCUACCGUGCAGGUCACACCUCAGCUGGAGACCAAGAGCAUUGGGGCCAGUGUUGAGUUCCACUGUGCUGUGCCCAGUGACCCGGGCACCCAGCUCCGUUGGUUCAAGGAAGGGGGUCAGCUGCCUCUUGGCCACAGUGUGCAGGAUGGGGUGCUCCGAAUCCAGAACUUAGACCAGAGCUGCCAAGGGACAUAUGUUUGCCAGGCCCAUGGACCCUGGGGACAGGCUCAGGCCAGAGCCCAGCUGGUUGUCCAAGCCCUGCCCUCGGUGCUCAUCAACAUCCGGACCUCUGUGCAGACUGUGGUGGUUGGCCACGCUGUGGAGUUCGAGUGCCUGGCACUGGGUGACCCCAAGCCUCAGGUGACAUGGAGCAAAGUUGGAGGGCACCUGCGGCCCGGCAUUGUGCAGAGUGGAGGCAUCGUCAGAAUCGCCCACGUGGAGCUGGCUGACGCAGGACAGUACCGCUGCACAGCCACCAAUGCUGCCGGCACUACCCAGUCCCACGUGCUGCUGCUCGUUCAAGCCUUGCCCCAGAUCUCCAUGCCCCCAGAGGUCCGUGUGCCAGCUGGUUCUGCAGCUGUCUUUCCCUGCAUGGCCUCGGGCUACCCUACUCCUGACAUCACAUGGAGCAAGCUGGAAGGCGACCUGCCACCUGACAGCCGCCUGGAGAACAACAUGCUGAUGCUGCCCUCGGUCCGUCCCCAGGACGCAGGCACCUAUGUCUGCACCGCCACUAACCGCCAGGGCAAGGUCAAAGCCUUUGCCCAUCUACACGUGCCAGAGCGGGUGGUGCCCUACUUCACCCAGACACCCCACUCCUUCCUGCCGCUACCCACCAUCAAGGACGCCUACAGGAAGUUUGAGAUUAAGAUUACCUUCCGGCCCGACUCAGCUGAUGGCCUCCUCCUCUACUCAGGGAUGCUACUGUACAACGGGCAGAAGCGGAUCCCCGGGACCCCUGCCAACCUGGCCAACAGGCAGCCUGACUUCAUCUCCUUCGGCCUCGUGGGUGGGAGGCCCGAGUUCCGGUUCGACGCAGGCUCUGGCAUGGCCACUAUCCGUCACCCCACACCGCUGGCCCUGGGCCAGUUCCACACUGUGACCCUCCUGCGCAGCCUCACCCAGGGCUCCCUGAUUGUGGGCUCCCUGGCCCCAGUCAACGGGACCUCCCAGGGCAAGUUCCAGGGCCUGGACCUGAAUGAGGAGCUCUACCUGGGUGGCUACCCUGACUACAGUGCCAUCCCCAAGGCGGGGCUGAGCAGCGGCUUCAUAGGCUGUGUCCGCGAGCUGCGCAUCCAGGGCGAGGAGAUCGUCUUCCACGACCUCAACCUCACGGCACAUGGAAUCUCUCACUGCCCCACAUGUCGGGACCGGCCCUGCCAGAAUGGGGGCCGAUGCCAUGACUCGGAGAGCAGCAGCUACGUGUGCGUCUGCCCGGCCGGCUUCACGGGAAGCCGCUGUGAGCACUCACAGGCGCUGCACUGCCAUCCAGAGGCCUGUGGGCCCGACGCCACCUGUGUGAACCGGCCAGAUGGUCGAGGCUACACCUGCCGCUGCCACCUGGGCCGCUCGGGGAUAAAAUGUGAGGAAGGUGUGACAGUGACCACUCCCUCCCUGUCGGGCUCUGGCUCCUACCUGGCGCUGCCCCCUCUCACCAACACACACCACGAGCUACGACUGGAUGUGGAGUUCAAGCCACUGGCGCCUGAUGGAGUCCUGCUGUUCAGUGGGGGACGGAGUGGUCCCGUGGAGGACUUCGUGUCCCUGGCAAUGGCUGGUGGCCACCUGGAGUUCCGCUAUGAGUUGGGGUCAGGGCUGGCCGUUCUGCGGAGCACUGAGCCGCUGGCCCUGGGCCGCUGGCACCGCGUGUCUGCAGAGCGCCUCAACAAGGACGGCAGCCUGCGGGUGAACGGUGGCCGCCCCGUGCUUCGCUCCUCACCUGGCAAGAGUCAGGGCCUCAACCUGCACACCCUUCUCUACCUGGGUGGUGUGGAGCCCUCUGUGCAACUGUCCCCAGCCACCAACGUGAGCUCUCACUUCCGUGGUUGCGUGAGCGAGGUAUCAGUGAAUGGCAAGCGAUUAGACCUCACCUACAGCUUCCUGGGCAGCCGGGGCGUCGGGCAGUGCUAUGACAGCUCCCCCUGUGAGCGCCAGCCUUGCCAGCACGGCGCCACGUGCCUGCCUGCCGGCGAGUAUGAGUUCCAGUGCCUGUGUCAGGAUGGCUUCAAAGGAGACCUGUGUGAGCAUGAGGAGAACCCCUGCCAGCUUCGUGAGCCCUGUCUGCAUGGGGGCACCUGCCAGGGCACCCGCUGCCUCUGCCUCCCCGGUUUCUCUGGGCCACGAUGUCAACAAGGUUCUGGACAUGGCACAGCGGAGUCCGACUGGCAUCUGGAAGGCAGCGGGGGCAAUGAUGCCCCUGGACAGUAUGGAGCCUAUUUCUAUGACAAUGGCUUUCUGGCCCUCCCUGGCCGCAUCUUCUCCAGGAGCCUGCCCGAGGUGCCCGAGACCAUUGAGAUGGAGGUUCGGACCAGCACAGCCAGUGGCCUCCUGCUCUGGCAGGGUGUGGAAGUGGGAGAGCCUGGCCGAGGCAAAGACUUCAUCAGCCUUGGGCUUAAGGAUGGACACCUUGUCUUCAGCUACGAGCUGGGUAGUGGGGAGGCCCACCUUGUCUCUGAGGACCCCGUAAAUGAUGGCGAGUGGCACCGGGUGACAGCACUGCGAGAGGGCCAGAGAGGCUCCAUCCAGGUCGACGGUGAGGAGCUGGUCAGCGGCCAAUCCCCAGGCCCCAAUGUGGCCGUCAAUGCCAAGGGCAGCAUCUACAUUGGCGGAGCCCCCGAUGUGGCCACGCUGACUGGGGGCAGGUUCUCCUCUGGUGUCACAGGCUGUGUCAAGAAUCUGGUGCUGCACUCGGCUGGGCCCAACGCCCCUCCUCCACAGCCCCUGGACCUGCAGCACCGCGCCCAGGCCGGGGCCAACACACGCUCCUGCCCUUCAUAGGCACCCACCUGCCCUACACGGACUCCUGGGCAGCACCCCAGCCCAACAAUGCCGAGUAUAUUAUUAUUAAUAUUAUUAUGAAUUUUUUGUAAGAA